AAAAAAAGAAAAAAAAAAGGAAAAUAUAGGAUUCUCUCUCUCUCUCACUCUCUCUCCACAAUUUGCUGCUUUAACUGCUCCAUCUCCAUGUGGGUGAUGAUGUGUCUAUAGUCAUCUUCUUCCCCUCUCUCUCAUAAUCACUCUCUCUCUCUCUCAUUCACAACUUUUCCUCCAAUGAUCAUCGGUUAAAGAGAGAGAGAGAGGAAUGGUUUCAGAGACUUGGUUUCGUAACCUAUGGAGAUUCCCAAAGAAACAACACGACCAAACUCAUAAAGAGAUUCUUCUCGGAGUAUUAUCCUUCGAGGUUGCGAGUCUACUCUCCAAACUCGUCCACUUAUGGCACUCCCUCAGCGACAAGAACGUCACACGUCUCAGAGACGAGAUAACACGCUCCGCGGGGAUCAAGAAGCUAAUCUCAGAAGACGACGACUUCAUCGUGAGGCUAAUACGCGACGAGACGAUGGAGAACGUUGAGAGUGUAGCCAAAGCUGUCGCUAGGCUCGCUGGUAAAUGCAACGAUCCGAAGCUGAAGGGUUUCGAGAGUUGUUUUAACGAGGUGGUGAAGAGUGGUGCUGAUCCUUACGGGUGGAAGUUUGGGUGGAGGAAGAUGGAUGGGAAAGUUAAGAAGAUGGAGCGGUUUAUUUCGGUUAAUGGGAGUCUUUAUCAGGAGAGUGAGAUUUUGGCGGAUCUUGAGCAGACGGUGAGGAGGAUGGUGAGUAAUGAAUGUGCGGGUGAUAGUGUUUUGGAGUAUAAGAAGAGAGUGACGUGGAAAAGACAUGAGGUGAAGAAUCUGAGGGAUUUGUCUCUUUGGAACCGUAGUUAUGAUUAUACGGUGCUUCUUUUGGUUAGAUCGGUUUUCACGGUUUUGAUAAGGAGUAGACAUGUUUUUGGGAUUAGUUACAGAGCAGAAGAGGCUAGUGAUGUUAGCUCUGUGGAUUCUGAUUUCAUUGGUCGGAGCCAAUCGGUUUCUACAAUUUUGACACAACUGUCGAAUCAGUCUGAGAGUAGUAUUGGUCCUCCUAGAUUUGCUUCUGGUCCCCUUGGAAAGUGUACAGGUCCAGCAUCAGGUUCAGUUCCUACAAGGUCAGCGAAGAUGAGUGAUUUUCUUUCGGAUACUCUCAGCACACAGUCUCCUAUGUCAGGUCCUCUUGUUGCAGAAAAGACCAAACGUUUCAAGUUUUACUCGGGUCCUCUCGGGAAGAUCACUUCCAAGUCAGGACCACUUAUUGGAAUUGGCAAACACAACAAGAAGAUGGGACAGACUCCGGAAAGGCAUUCAGUUUCCUCAGCGAAGAAGCAAAUGAAAACCAAUCGGUUAACACAGGUUGGUCCGUUUAAAGGCUGCAUGGUGUCUCAAGAUGGUAUUACUCCACUCAGCACUAGGAACCGGAAUGGAGCUAGGAAUAGUAGUAGCGGGGAGCAUCAUAUUCCUAACUCUCUCCAUGUUGAGAACUUGGCGUUUCCUUCUCGACCUAAGUUGUCAGAUGCUGCUCCUAAUACCCUUGGCGCAGCUUGCUUAGCGCUACACUAUGCUAACGUCAUCAUCGUGAUAGAGAGGUUUGUUGCGUCUCCUCAUUUGAUAGGGGAUGACGCGAGAGACGAUCUUUACAACAUGUUACCGGCUAGCGUGAGAACAUCGCUGAGAGAGAGGCUAAAGCCUUACUCGAAAAACUUGAGUUCUUCAACAGUUUAUGAUCCGGGACUAGCGAAAGAAUGGACAGACGCUAUGGCGGGUAUCUUGGAGUGGUUGGGUCCAUUAGCUCACAACAUGAUAAAAUGGCAAUCGGAGAGGAGUUACGAGCACCAAAGCUUGGUUUCGAGGACGCAUAUAGUUCUUGCGCAAACCCUUUUCUUUGCAAACCAGCAGAAGACAGAAGCCAUCAUUACGGAGCUUCUUGUUGGACUCAACUAUGUCUGGAGAUUUGGCAGGGAACUUAACGCUAAGGCUCUUCAAGAGUGUACCAGUAAUAUUAAAACCCUUGAGAAAUGCUUGGACACAGAUAACUAGAGAGUCUC